AUGUCCUAUGCUGUUACAGACAAAGAAGAUGAGUUGCUAGAACUCAGAAAAGAAUCUCCGAGCCAGCCUCCACCCAGAUACUUGGGAUUUGUGGCCGGGGUAUUCCUGGGAGUCACCAAGAAUGCUGUAGGGCAUCCAUUUGACACUGUGAAAGUUCGACUUCAGACAGCUCCUAAGGGUAUGUUCAAGGGCCCGAUGGACUGCGUGUGGCAGACGUUGAAGAAGGAAGGUGCUGGUGGCUUUUACAAGGGGUUUACCCCACCGUUGAUUGGCUGGGUGUUGAUGGACUCCGUCAUGUUAGGUUCACUUCAUGUGUACAGGCGGUUGGUGAAAGAAAACUUCUAUCCUGAUGAAAAGAAGUUACCGUUAUUGGGUCAUGUAAUUGCUGGGUUGGGCAGUGGAUUAACUGUCUCGUUUGUAGCGGCUCCUAUCGAGCAGUUCAAAGCCCGUUUGCAAGUCCAGUACGAUGCCAAAUCGAGAAUCUACAGUGGGCCACUAGAUGUAGCGAAAAAGUUAUACAAGGUAUCUGGAAUCAGGGGUAUAUAUAGUGGGUUGUUGUCAACAAUGAUCUUCAGAACCAAUUUCAUCUUUUGGUGGGGUUCUUACGAAAUUUUCACUAACUAUUUUGAAGCUAACACCAAGAUGCUGAAGCCUUCUAUCAACUUCUGGGCUGGAGGACUUUCGGCAACAGUCUUCUGGAUCUUUGCCUAUCCUUCUGAUGUAGUGAAACAGACCAUCAUGACUGACUCACCUAUCAGAGCAGAAAAGAAGUUUCCUCGUUGGAUUGAUGCUGUCAAGUAUAUCUACCACGAAAGAGGGUUGGCUGGCUUCACUCGGGGCUUUGGGCCGUCCAUCUUGAGAUCGUUCCCAGCCAAUGCUGCUGCUUUAGCUGCAUUCGAGGCUGUGAUGAGAUUCUUGCAUUAG